AUCCCCACCCCACCACGCCCCCACCACACGCCAACAUAUGCCCGCGUCCCCGCGGCAGGUCUCGCUUCCCCCGUUUACGUUUACCACUCGGUCGCUUCGGCGGCUCGUUUGGCACUUUGCCGCGGCAGGUCGAGAGCGAAGCUUGGCCGCUUGCGCAUCGCCUGCCUGCAGGACGGACGGCGCCUUCCGCGCACAGCCGCCUCCGGUGACCGGUGGCGGUGGCUCCCUUCCGCGGCGCCGGCGCCUGAGGAGGCUAUAAUAAGGGCCGCGUGACGCCUGCCGCGAACGCAUCAGCAGAGUGCUUAAAGGAGUCUUGCAGAACGAGCGUGAAUGCGUGAUAGAUGGCGUCGGAUAUGAGCAAGAACGUGAGGGCCCUCGACGAGCAGGAGGUCACCUCGCAGCAGCGCGCCGGCAGGACCAGCGCCGCCGCCACCGAGGAGCAGGAUCCGCUGGCGCGGCAGUCGUCCAUCAUGUCGCUGACGCUGGAGGAGCUGCAGAACUCGCUGUGCGAGCCGGGGCGCAACUUCGGGUCCAUGAACAUGGACGAGUUCAUGGCCAACAUAUGGAACGCCGAGGAGUUCCAGGCCGCCACCGGCACCGGCGGAUGCAGCAAGGAGGGAACGGAGCGGGAGCCCAUGAUGAUGCCCGUGGCGGCGGCGGCGGCGGGGACAGGUGAGAACGGAGCAGGAGCGAGCGGGUUGGUUCGGCAGGGGUCGUUCGCGCUGCCGCCGCCGCUGUCCCGGAAGACGGUGGAGGAGGUCUGGGCCGAGAUCAACCAGGACCCCGCGGAUUCCCAGGCCAACGCCAACGCGACGCCGCAGGCCGUGGUGCAGCCCCAGAUGGGGAGCGGCGGCGUCGGCGGUGUCGCGGGCAGCGGGCGGCAGGUGACGCUGGGCGAGAUGACGCUGGAGGACUUCCUGGUGAAGGCCGGCGUCGUGCGGGGGGCCUUCGCCGGCCACGGCGGCCAGGCCGUCGGCAUGGUCCCGGCCGGGCCGAUGGGCAUGCAGCACGCCGCGGCUCCCAUGAUGUACCAAGUGGCGGCGCCGGUGCCGCACAACGCCGUGUACCCGGUGAUGGGUGACGGCAUGGGGUACCACAACGGGUACCCUGGGGGCAUGGCGGUGGUGCCGCCUCCGCCGCCGUCUCAGUGCGUGGCGGCCGCCGCCGUCAGCCCGGGGUCGUCGGACGGGAUGAGCGCGAUGACGCAGGCGGAGAUGAUGAACUGCAUUGGCAACGGAGGGAUGGUCCGGAACGGCGGUGGCGGCGGCGCGCGGAAGCGCGACUCCCCCGAGGACGGGUGCACCGAGAAGACCGUGGAGCGCCGGCAGCGGCGCAUGAUCAAGAACCGCGAAUCAGCGGCCCGGUCACGAGCCAGGAAGCAGGCAUAUACCGUGGAGCUUGAGGCUGAACUGAACCAUCUCAAGGAGGAGAACGAGCGCCUCAGAGCAGAGGAGAAGACGAUUCUGUUAUCGAAGAAAAAGAUGCUGGUGGAGAAGAUGAUGGAGCAGGCAAGGGAGAAUGUGAGCGCCAAGAAGGGCGGUCGCGGGCUGCGCCGCUGGGGCAGCGCCAUGUGGUGAACUUGUGACGACUGACUCGCGUUGUGCAGUUCCAAUCCGCUUGAUUCCAUGGGAGUGAUGUACCUGUCGGUUGCAGCACCGUUAGUAAACAGUAUAUGCCAUGUGAUUGAUGCAAGGGACGUCUGCGAGGGACUAGAACUAGAUAUGGGGCAAGAGCUUCCGCGUUGGCUUGCUGCUGUUCAUAUAAGCCUGGGGUUGUACAAACAAUAAACCAGCUGUAAGAUAGUAACUCAACACAAAGUUAUUUUUUUUUUCUCGAA